AUGGCGGCAUUUCAGUUACCCUCGAUCCUCCCACGUCCCUACUUCCCCUCCCUCCCAUGUCUUGAGUUCACCUGCAACCCCCUUCAACGUCGCUACUUCCCCUCUAUCCUCCCUCCCACAUCUCUACUUACCCUCCAUCAUCCCUCACACGUCUCUACUUCCCCUCCAUCCUCACUACCACAUCUCCACUUACCCUCCAUCUUCCCUCCCACGGCUCUACUUCCCUUCCAUCAUCCCUCCCACGGUUCUACUUCUUUAUCAUCCUUCCAAAGUCUCUACUUCCUCUCCAUCCUCUCUCUCCUACGUCUCUACUUCCCCUCCAUCUUUCUAUUUACCCUCCAUUCCCCACUCCUACGUCUCUACUUCCCUACCAUCCUACCGUCUCUUCUGUACGUCCUCUCCAUCCUCUCUCCCUCAAUUCCACUUCCCCUCAAUCGUCAACCAUCAUCCCUCCCACGCCUCUACUUACCCAUCAUCCCCCUUCCUACGUCUCCAUUUAUCCUCCAAUUACCCACUCCUGCGUCUCUACUUCCCUACCAUCCUGCCGUCUCUACUCUACUUCCUCUCCAUCCUCCCUCCCACGUCUCUACUCCCCCUAUAUCCCCCUUCCCACUUCUCAACUUACCCUCCAUCCUCCCACGUCUCUUGUUCACCUCCACCACCCUCCUACUUCUCUACUUCCCCUCCAUCCUAACUCCCACAUCUCUACUUACCCUCCAUCUUUCCCCCCACGUCUCUACUUCCCCUCAAUCUUCCCUCCCUCGUCUCUACUUACCCCCAUCCCCAUUCUCCCACAUCUCUACUUCCCCUCCACCAUUCCUCCCACGUUUCUACUUCCUCUCCAUCCUCUCUCCCUCUUGUCUACCUACCCACCAUCCUCAGUCUCACGCCUCUACUUACCCCCCAUCCACCUUCCUACGUCUCUACUUCACCCCCGUCCCCACUCCCACGUCCCUACUUACCCUCCAUCUUCCCUCCCUCGUCUCUACUUCCCCUCCAUCCUCCCUCCCACGUCUCUACUUACCCUCCAUCUUCCCUCCCUCGUCUCUAUUUCACCCCGUCCCCACUCCCACGUCCCUACUUACCCUCCAUCUUCCCUCCCUCGUCUCUACUUACCCUCCAUCCCCCUUCCCACGUUUCUACUUCCAGACCAUCAUCCCUCCCACGUCUCCACCCCCCUAUAUCGUCCUUUCUAAGUUUCUACUUCCCCUCAAACCCCGUUCCACGUCUCUACUUCCCCUCCACCAUCCCUCAAACGUCUCUACUUUCCCCCCAUCAUCCCUCAAACGUCUCUACUUCCCCCAUACCAUCCUUCCCAAGUCUCUGCUUCCCCUCCAUCCUUCUCCCAUGUCUCUACUUACCCUCCAUCCCCCUCCCACAUCUCUACUUCCCUACCAUCCGACCGUCUCUUCUCUACUUCCUCUCCAUCCUCUCUCUACUUCCCCUCAAUCCUUCCUUCUCUGUACACUUCCCCUCCAUCCCCUUUCCCACGUCUCUACUUCCACUCGAUCCUCCCUCCCACUUCUCUACUUCCCCGCCAUCUUCCCUCCCUCGUCUCUACUUCCUCUCCAUGCUCUGUCCCUCUUCUCUACUUCCCCUCCAUCCUCCCUCCCACGUCUCUACUUCCCCUCCAUCUUCCCUCCAACAUCUCGACUUACCCUCGUCCUUCCCUCCCUCGUCUUUACUUCACCUCCACCCCCACCUCCCACGUCUCUACUUCCCCUCCCCCCAUCAUCCCUCCCACGUUUCUACUUCCCCUAUAUCAUCCUUCCCAGUUCUCUACUUACCCUCCGACCCCCUCCCGCAUCUCUACUUCCCCUCAAUCCUCCCUUCCUUGUACACUUCCCAUCCGUCCCCUUUCCCACGUCUCUAUUUCCCCUCAAUCCUCCCUUCCUUGUACACUUCCCAUCCGUCCCCUUUCCCACGUCUCUAAUUCCACUCCCUCCUCCCUCCCACUUCUUUACUUACCCUCCAUCGUCCUUCCCUCGUCUCUACUUUCCCUCAACCUUCCCUCCUCGUCUCUACUUCGCUUCCAUCCCAGUCCUACGUCUCUACUUCCCCUCCAUCAUCCCUUAA